AGUAUUGCAACGUUUAUGGUUAAAAGUGACAACAAUAACACGAACAUCGUCCAUGAAGAGGUUAGGAGUACAAAACUUAUAUAUUAUUUAAAUUAAGUAAUAUAAAAUAUUAUUAGAGGAUGGAAAAUAGUGGUGAAAGUGGCGAUGAUGGUGGACCUUUAGGACCUACAACCUUUUUAGGAGGAAGUGGUGUUUCUGCCUCGUACAUAGGCGUACAAUCGGACGAAUUGGAAGAAAAUACAGAUGAUUCCAAUCAUGGUGGUGGUGACCCUUUACAAGGCAGUGGAGGUGGAAGUGGUAGUGGUCCACUACGAGAACAGGAUCGUUUUCUCCCUAUAGCUAAUGUAGCCAAAAUAAUGAAACGGGCUAUACCUGAAGCAGGAAAAAUAGCUAAAGAUGCACGCGAAUGUGUACAAGAAUGUGUAUCCGAGUUUAUAUCGUUUAUCACCUCAGAAGCUAGUGACCGGUGUCAUAUGGAAAAACGAAAAACCAUAAACGGGGAAGAUAUUUUGUUUGCUAUGACUAACCUUGGUUUUGAUAAUUAUGUUGAACCCUUGAAAGUUUAUCUACAAAAAUAUAGAGAAGCUACCAAAGGGGAUAAUCCUUCGGGGACAGGAACAACGACUGGUAAUGGGAAAGUAGAAUCUCAGGGUACCAUAUACGAAGAUCAAUUAUUCACUAUUGCAACAGAUUCCAAUGCAACUACCUCAGAUACACCUGUAAUCUACAGUUACUCCUCUACCGAUCAAAUGCAAUUCCAACUUUCUUGAUCAGUGCAUUUUAAGUUAGUAUUAAAUGGAAUUUUUUUUAUUGCCUUUUGUAGAAGACAAUGAAAGACAACAAAUUUUCUUACAAAAGAAAAGAGAAA